UAACAUGGCUGCUGACAGUGAUCCCGAGUCAGAGGUGUUUGAGAUCACCGAUUUCACCACAGCGUCAGAGUGGGAACGGUUUGUGUCCAGAGUUGAAGAAGUACUAAAUGACUGGAAGCUGAUUGGAAACUCAGGAGGAAAGUUCUUCCCAGAGAAGGGUGAAUACAGCAGUGGUACCUGGGGGGAGAAGUCUCAAGAGAUUAACUUCGCUGAUUUUAAGUUCUCCAUAACUCACUACUUUCUGAAACAAGAAUGUGAGAAGGACGAUGGAAAGGAUGAGCUCGAAGAAGAUACCUUCCCUUUGGCAAUGCAAGACCUUCUGUGCAUGAACAAUGACUUCCCUCCUCGAGCCCACUGUCUGGUCAGAUGGUAUGGUAUACGAGAGUUUGUUGUCAUUUCCCCUGGAACCAACUGUGAGGCCAUCAUCAGCGAGUCCAAAUGCAAUCUGCUUCUCAGUUCCAUCUCCAUUUCUCUGGCCAACAGUAGCUGCCAGGUACCCAUGUUUGUGCAGAUCCAGCAGAAGUGGAGGCGAAUGUACAUUGGAGAGUGCCAGGGACCAGGCGUGCGCACUGAAUUUGAGAUGGUCCAUCUCCGCAAGGUUCCAAGCCAGUACAACCACCUGUCUGGACUGCUUGACAUCUUCAAGUCUAAGACAGGCUGUACCCUGUCCCCUCUACCUCCAAUCAACAUUGCCAUCCGUUUCACGUAUAUUCUCCAGGACUGGCAACAGUAUUCAUGGCCACAACAGCCCCCAGACUUUGACACACUCCUCUGUGGUGAGGUGGGAGGGGUAGAGUUUGGGAAGCUCCCUUUUGGAGCCUGUGAGGAGCCAAUCAGUGAGCUUCAUCUUGCAACCACUUGGCCUCACCUGACAGAAGGCAUAGUUGUGGAUAAUGAUGUCUACAGUGACCUUGACCCUCUCCAAGCUCCUCACUGGUCAGUCCGAGUCAGGACAGUUGAAAACCCUCAGUGUCUACUGGGUGACUUUCUUAGAGAGUUCUUAAAGCUCUGUUGUAGGAAGGAGUCUACAGAAGAGGUUCUGGGAAGAGGAUUGACUGAAGAGGAGGGCAAAGAAAAUAGUGACAUCAGCUCUGCUUUAUCCAAGCUGACAGAGCCAGCAACAGCAGUGCCAAUCUCCAAACUCUCUGUGUCCAAUAUGGUACAUAGUGCCCGAAAGCACAUCCAACGCCACAGACGAAUUGAUGAGUCACCACUCAACUCUGAUAUACUCAAUUCCAUCCUUCUGUAUCUCUUCCCAGAUGCUGCUGUGGAGAAGUCAUCAGAGAAAACUGCAAAGUCAAAUGCCUGUGGGAAGACCGACCAAGAUAAAAACUCUGACUACAACCUUUUCCUCCAGCUGAAGUCAGCACCCAGUGACAGUCUGACCUACCGCCUGGCUUUGUGUGUGUGUCUUGUCAACUUCUACCAUGGUGGGCUGCGGGCUGUCGCCCACCUGUGGCAAGAGUUUGUCCUAGAGUUGCGCUACCGCUGGGAAAACAACUUCCUCAUCUAUGGACUAGCUGGUGGACCUCCUGAUCUUCGUUGUUGUCUUCUUCAUCAGAAGCUUCAGAUGCUGAACUGCUGCAUUGAGAGGAAGAGAGCCAGAGAUGAAGCUCGCAAGGUGCUGGAAGGAAGCAAAGAGAGAGAGCGCUGUUUGUCCAGUGGCCGCCAGAACAGCCGCUCUGUACCAGAGUCCACAACUGCAAUGACUUCAUCCAGCUUAACAAGGGAGGUUUCUCCAGGGAAAUCCUGGGACUCAUGGAGUGACAGUGAAGAUGAAUUCUUUGAGUGCUUAAGUGAUCAGGAGGAGAUGGAGGCUCCACACACUCAUGGGGGAAAGGAUGACAGUAAAAUCAAAGCAGAGGGCAGGAUGCACCCUUAUAACAACAUGGUUCUACUUAACUCUACAGAGCUUCUCUAUGUUCCAGUCACACAGGAACCUGCUCCCAUGACUGAAGAUCUAUUAGAGGAGCAAUCAGAAGUACUGGCAAAACUAGGCACAUCAGCUGAAGGUGCUCACCUCCGUGCACGGAUGCAGAGUGCCUGUCUGCUCUCUGACAUGGAAUCAUUUAAGGCAGCCAACCCAGGCUGUGUUCUGGAGGACUUUGUGCGCUGGUACUCACCCAGGGAUUAUCUGGAGGAGGAGGUGGUCAAUGAGAUGGGUAACAAAAUGGUGAAAGGUGAGCUUAGUGCCAGGAUGAAGAUCCCAGGCAACAUGUGGGUGGAGGCUUGGGAGACAGCCAGGGCUACACCUGCACGUCGCCAGAGAAGGCUUUUUGAUGACACUAAGGAGGCGGAAAAGGUUCUGCACUAUCUGGCAAUGCAGAAACCUGCUGACUUGUCCCGCCAUCUUCUGCCCUGCAUAUUCCAUGCUGCAAUUCUGAAGUUGAAGGAGGAAGAGUCAGUCGAAGACAUUCCAUCACUCAAAAAGACUAUUCAGCAGGCCACGUCUCAAGUCAGCAAGCUGCUACACCAUCCCAACCAUGACUACAAGAAGUUAGAGGAUUUCAUUAACCAGUUGAUGGCCGUGGAGACAGUCAUCACCCAAGCUCGCUCACUCAAGGCCAAGUUUGCCAUUAGUGAGGGUGAGAAGGCAGAGGACACAGAAGAGCUGGAGAUGUUUGUGAGCUCCCUGCUGGAAGAACCAGAGGUAGAGGUGAUUGGAGCUGGUCAGGGGCCAGCAGGCAGCAUCAUCCACAGACUGUUUGUCAAUGCUCAGAGGGAACGCCCUGAUUACAUUCGCACAGUUACACACAUUCAUACCUGGAAGCUGCCCAGUACAACCACAGUCUGAUCUGUCGGGCACUGAGCAGCUCCACUGUAGCAGGUGGGGUUUAGGGCCUUGCUCAAGGGCAUGUCAGUGGUGGUAAUGAGGGUGGGGCAAGUGCUGCUUCUUCACUUUCCCCACCCAGAUUCAUCUUGCUGGUUGGAGGAAUUGAACCAGCGACCCUCUGGUCAUAAGUUCGCUUCUCUAACCUUUAGGCCACCCCUAUAUGUACUAACCCAGAUGAUAUUAAUGUGCACAGAUAGGAGGUAGAAUUACUUUCUAACUAGUUAUGGAUUUCAGCUGGUUCCUUGACUUUCCUUGGUGUACUGCUUUUUCUUAAUGUGUUCAAUAGUCACAGCAAAUAUGUUUACUGAAAAAAAUGUUGAUGCAUUCAAUACUUAUUUCCCUCAAUGUAUGUUUCCAUAUGAGCAGGUUUUAUUUGAAAAAUUGGAUGCUUGUGACACAAAAACGUUGUUUGGGGAAUUAUCAUCUCUGAUUGAAGGCUGUAACAACACCUGGUUAGGUCUCAUCAAGCCCUCAAAAAGACUGUGAAGCAAAAUGUUGCUAAAUUUUUUUAAUUCAGUUUUAUUUAUAUUUGCCCUAAUCACAACAAAAGUUAUCUUAAUGCACUUUUCAUAUAGAGCAGGUCUAGAUUCUACUCUUCAUUUAACAGAUACCCAACAUUCCCCUGUGAGCAAGUACUUGGCAACAGCAGCAAGGAAAAACUAUUUUAACAGGAAGAAACCUCAAGCAGAACUGGACUCUAGGCAGGCAGCCAUCUGCUGUGAAUUGUUGGGUUGAGAGAGGAGAGAGACCAAGUGAGGGAGAUAGUUCGCGGAAGAGAGAAGCAAUAACAACAGUAAUAAGAGUAACAAUGAUAAUAAUAGUAGGUAUAACUAAUUAUAAUUAAAGCAGGCGUGGGUGUCAAGCAGGACCACAGGGGUCCCCCGAGCAAUAGUUCAAACCAGCAUCCAUAACUAGGGGGUCUAUGACCAUGACGCACUAGAACCUGUUAAACAAGACAGCACAAAAGCUCCAGCAUCUGCUGCAUCUGGUAUCUUGAUGCCAACUUGAAAUAUAAAUCAAUUUUCUAUUUAUGUGAGGUUGGCAUAUCUAAAGUGGUGCGCUGAUCCAGUACACUGAGUAUCAGUACUUUAUCAUAGAUCAGGUAUUAACUAGGCUAUUCAACAUCGGUUUGCAUGGCUUUGGCUGCAUAAGCUCACAGUGACAACUACUAAUUGAAGAUGAACGUUUAAUAUCCAUGAGUAUGAUUAUAAACACUACCACUUGACCAUACACGGUCCAGCCAUAUAGUAGGUUCUGACCUUAUCUUGUUUAUUCCAAAACAUUUUAUUCUUAUUUGCAUUAUAACAACUGUGUAUGCUUUUGAGUCAUGCUGGUCCUCAAACCCUCUUCAGAGAUAAAAUUAUUUGCUUUUUCUUUUUUGUUGUACAUUUCUUCCAUUCGACUGUUUUUUUGUCUCCCCCCUGCUGCUUACAUCAAGCUGGCUGACUUCACCAGUGACGAGGUAACCACCACCAAUAAGACUUUUCACCCCAACUACCACCGUUCCCCUAUUCUUCUACAUUACCUCAGGAACAUUACAAUGAUACAUCCAGAAGAGCUUUGCAAAUGGAUAGUGGACUUUGUCUGUAAGACAGAAAUAAGUAUAUAUUAUAAUGUGUUCCAGAGGUUUCUGUGUACUACAAGAAACUAUUUCCUCAUCAAUAUUAAUCAUUCCUUUACUUACUUAUACCUGCAAUUGAAAAUGUACAAAUAUGAACUAUAUUUCAUGGAAAUCCAUUUACAGUGUUAAUUAUAACUGUCACUAAUUCAAUAUUUUAAUAACAACAAUAGAGCAAAUGAAGGAAUUCAAAAGGAAAUUAACUGACAGGGAGCCACAUUCUCCUCCAAUGCUAAAAAUCACUGCACACAUGACAGUGCCCAAAGAUUGCUUUCUAAAUAUACCUCUUUCUAACCACACAAAUAUUAACAGAAUUGUCUGUACUGUAUGUUUUUUCCUCUCAUGUUUCUCUGAUGUGACCUGCUUUGAAAGCAGGAUAUUUUUGGUGAAAUGGAGGUUUGCACAGCAAAAUAUUAAUACAUGUGAUAGUCUUGUUGCUCCUGUGUGGCACUUAAAGAAAGCUUGAUCCCUGUAGUUCCAUGUCAGCUUCUAUGUGUCUUGGCACUCUUCGUGAUUAACACACACCUAUCACAAUAAAUAGAUAUAUCUAUGCAUAAAGCACAUACUCAAAGUAACUACACUGCUCAAAAAAAUUAAGGAAACACUUAAAUCACACAUCAGAUCUUCCAUCCAUCCAUCCAUUUUCUGCCACUUAUCCAGGGCCUGGUCGCGGUGGCAUCAGGCUAAGUAGUGCAACACAGACAUCCUUCUCCCCAGCAACGUUCGUCAACUCCUCCAGGGGGAUUCCGAGGCGUUCCCAGGCCAGAAGGGAUAUAUAAUCCCUCUACCGUAUUCUCGGUCUACCCCGGGGGUCUCUUCCCAGUCGGACGUGCCUGGAAACACCUUUAAAGGGAGGCGUCCAGGAGGCAUCCUGACCAGAUGCCCGAACCACCUCAGCAGGCUCCUUUCAAUGUGGAGGAGCAGCGGCUCUACUCCUAGCCUCCCCCGAAUGUCUAAACUCCUGACCCUAUCUCCAAGGCUGAGCCCAGACACUCUCCGGAGGAAACUCAUUUCAGCCACUUAUAUCCGCGAUCUUAUUCUUUCGGUCACUACCCAAAGCUCAUGACCAUAGGUGAGGGUUGGAACGUAGAUCAACCGGUAAAUCAAGAGCUUCGCCUUCAGGCUCAGCUCCUUCUUCACUAGGACAGUCCGGUGUAACGCCCACAUCACUGCUGAUGCCGCACUGAUCCGCUUGUCGAUCUCACGCUACUACCCCCACUCGUGAAUAAGACCCUGAGAUACCUAAACUCCUCCAUUUGGGGUAGCAACUCCCUCCCAACCAUUCCACCUUUUUCCGGCAGAGCACCAUGGCCUCCGAUUUGGAGGUGCUGACUCAUCCCGACCACUUCACAUUCGGCUGCAAACUGUCCCAGUGCCUGUUGGAGGUCCUUAUGUGUUGAGGCCAACAGAACCAUAUCAUCUGCAAACAGCAGAGAGGCAAUUCUGAGGUCCCCAAACUGGACACUCUCCUCCCCCCGGCUGCGCCUUGAGAUCCUAUACAUGAAAAUUACGAACUGCCGAGAAUGCGGACACAGCUCUCACAGCGGUCGAUAGGGACCAAAUGGCUCGCAGCAGUGACCCUGGUACCCCAUACUCCUGCAACACCUCCCACAGGGUCCCCCGAGGGACACAGUCUUUUAAGCCUUCUCCAAGUCCACAAAACACAUGUAGACUGAAUGAGCGAACUCCCAUGGCCCCCCCAGUAACCCUGCAAGGGUGAAGAGCUGGUCCACUGUUCCACGGCCAGGACAGAAUCCGCAUUGUUCCUCCUGAAUCAGAGGUUCGACAGUCGGACGGAGCCUCCUUUCCAGCACCCUAGCAUAGGCUUUCCCGGGAGGCUGAGCAGUGUGAUCCCCAAUAGUUGGAACAUACUCUCCGGUCCCCCUUUUUAAAAAUGGGGACCACCAUCCCGGUCUUCCAGUCCAUGGGCACUGUCCUCCAUGUGAUAUUGAAGAGGCGUGUCAACCAUGACAACCCCACAAUCCAGAGCCUUCAUCUCAGUGCGAAUCUCAUCCACCCCCGGCGCCUUGCCACUGAGGAGCUGUUUAACUACCUCAGUGACCUCUGCCAGUUAUAUGGGUGAAGAUUCCCCCAGAUCAUCCAGCUCUGCCUCCUCCACCGAGUUGGCUGGGUUUAGGAGUUCCUCGAAGUGCUCCUUCCGACGCCGGACAAUAUCCCCAGUCGAGGUCAGCAGUUCUCCACCCCUGUUGAAAACAGCCUCUCCCCCCCGCGGCAUGGAAUAAUAAAGUAGUAAACCUAAUCUUUUAAGACUUGCAGGAUACCUGUGUAAAAUACCUGUCAUAUAUAUGUGUGUGUGUGUGUGUGUGUGUGUGUGUGUGUGUGUGUGUGUGUGUGUGUGUGUGUGUGUUUGUGUGUGUUUGUGUGUGCUCUAUGAUGCUGAAAAGGAUUGACAUGAUUAUUUUCUCAGCUUAUAUGUUAAUGAAUUGCUUAGAGACAUUAAAUAUGUGUUUUUGUUUGCCAUCAACAGCAGAGUGAUAGCAGAUGUUAUCCCAGAGAGGCUGGAUGCACAAAUCAAAGGACAAAGCGUCCUUGAGUUUGUGAAAGGCGCUAUAUAAAUCACACCUAUUAAUCAAAACAUAUAUUGGAUAUACUGCCUAUUUUUAAAUCACAUUUUAAAUGUAGUUUAUAAAUACAUAUUAGUAGAGUUGAGUAUAUAUUAUGUUAUAUCUGUGACAGAAUUAAACAUCAAAGAAACAGCAUUAUGAGAGGAUGGAAGCAACCACUCCUAAGUUCAGUAACUACUGAACUUCGGAGUGGCAGUUUGCUCAGUUACUGGCUCUUGUGUUUCAACAGCAGCUCUUAUAACAGUGGACAUACACAUUAUUUUUUCUGUUUCCUAGUAUGAUCUAUCUAUUCUUUUUGUUGUUGCAGAAACACUCUUAAACGCAAUUAUUAUCGCCAUUUUGAGGCUGCCCACAUUUUGCACGGAUUGCACUGAUAAAUUAAUAAAUAGCUUUUUACUCACGAAGCUCUUAUUGCACUUACAGCAACGUAACAAGUUUACUUAUUGUGUCAACUCUCCACCACUGUUAGUCUCUCUGCCGCGUUGCACACACAAGGAGGACUGCGCAGACCUGCAGUUUGUUCUCCCUGACGCUUUCCGUUUCUCCAUCAGUUCCCUGUUUAUGUUGCUAGCUAACCUCGGUGUAUACUGCAGGAGUAAUGUUCACGUUACACACACACUUAUCCUCGCAAUAUAUUUAACACAUUAAAAUUAUUACACCCCUUAAAAUCAAGAGGGCUUCCGACCCCCAGUGGAUCUUUGGCGGUUGGGGAUCACUGCACUAGAGGACACCAGGCCCUCAUGGAGUCUGUUUCUGACAGUUUGGUCAGAAACAGACUGACCAAACUGAAAGUCGUUUUGUAGGGCUCUGGCAGUGCUCCUCCUGUUCCUCCUCACUCAAAGGUGCAGUCCUGCUGCUGGGUUGAUGCCUGUCUUUGGCCCUGUCCAGCUCUCCUUGUGUAACAACUGGUCUCUUGUUAUCUCCACAAUGCUCUUGAGACUAUGCUGGGAGAUGCAGCAAACCUUCUUGUGACUGCAUGUAUGGAUGUGCCAUACUGGAAGAGCUGGACUACCUGUGCAACCUGAUUGAGCUGCAGGUACCGCCUCAUGCUACCAGUAGUGACAAGGACACUAGCAGAACACAAAACUAGAAGGGAUAAGGAGAGAGCAAUUGUCUGUGGCCACCACAUGCAAAACCAUUCCCUUUUUGUUGUCUUGCUUUUGCCUCUCCAUUGCACCUGUUGUCACUUUAAUUUGCACCAAAGCAGGGGAAAUUGAUUCACAAUCACAUGUCCUUCCAAAAUGGACAAAUUAAUAUCCCUGAAGUUUACCUGACUUGGUGUAUUACUGUGAUGAUUGUGUUGCCUUAAUUGUUUUGAGCAAUAUAUAGUAUGAUGUUUAUCUGAUCAGAGUUUGGAGAGAUUUAAGGUGUCAUACUUUUCAUUAGAUUAUGUAUUUAGCUUCCAUUUUCCUUGCUCUGAAGGAGCCUGGAACUGGGAGUUUUUCACAAAGUUAAAAUAGAAUACAGUAGGUCUGAGGUAUGCAUAGCAUUUUACCUACUAGAUAGCAGUCCUGCAAAAUAGUGGAUAUUAGGUUCCUUGUCUAUUCUCAUUGUGUGUGUGUGUGUGUGUGUGUGUGUGUGUGUGUGUGUGUGUGUGUGAUGCCGUCUUUAAAGUGCAGAAACAAAAAUAAAUAAAUAAUUGCCAUUAUUUAAUGCAGUUUAGUGCAUUUAUGGCUUUAGCGUAAAAGCAGUUUUGAAAUCUAUUUGUGCGUACUAUAAAAUCCUGUCUGCUGUUCUGGUCUUGGGACUAUGGUACUGGCUCCCUGACAGUAACACAAAGAGAGCAUAGUUGGGUUGGCUGGUGUCCACCUGUUUCACCUGCUUUCAGCCAGCAGCAUGUCCUCAGGACUGCUGAUUGCACUAACUAGUCAACCAGGAUGUCAGUCUGUGUAGUACCUGAGAGGUCCUCAAUUAUGUGAACCCCCCAGGUAUUUAAAGCUCCUGUCCCCUCCCCAUUAUUCUUUUUUUUUUUUUUCCCGGCAUAGUCACCUUUAUUUUAGCAGUAGAUAGACAGGAAACAUGGGAGAGAGAGGGGGGUGUAACAUGCAGCAAAGGACCUCCGGCCAGGAUACAAACCAGGGUGGGCUGCGUUUAUGGCAUGCACUCUAACCCGUCGACCACCUGCGCGCCCCCUCCCCAUUAUUCUAAUGUUAGGCUUCUUGACAACCAGGAGCAAGAUAUUGUCAAAGCAUAAUUGUGACAGGUUGUCCGUCCGUCUAGUCGUUGUUGGAGAUCAGUCCCACCAUGGCUGUGUCAUUGUCAUCAGCAAAUGUCACUAUAGUUGUGGAGUUAUGAGUUGCUACACAGCCGGGUGUGUACAGAGUACAGCAGGGGACUCAGGACACAUCCUUGAGUGAAUCUGAUGUAAAAUGUCAAGGGGCGUUCAGACCAAAAGCGUCUGACGCAAAAAAAACGCUUGAAUCGCUUCUAUCGCGCCACUUGAUCAUAAAUAUCAAUUAUUGGAUCAUCGCUUCAUUCACGCUUGUGACGUCGGGAGAAACUCGCCGCUGAUCGGAUGUCGCGGCGCAAUGUCACCUGAAAAGUUCAAUUUUUCCAACUUUAUUCGCGCCGCUUCAGACGCUUGAUUCAUUCACUCAUUCAUUCACUUCAGACACUUCAUUCGUGCCGCCUGAUAUAAAAUUGUGUGUUAUCGCGCCAUUAACAUUCAUUUUCUAUGUAGACUUGCUGCUCAUUUCGCGUCAGACGCUUUUGGUGUGAAUGCAGCUUCAGAGUGGAUGAAAUGUGACUGCCCACCAGAGCUGGGGACUCGUACUCACGACUCGGACUUGAGUUGUACUUAAGUCUCACUAAACUGUGACUUCAGACUCGACUUGGACUCGAGGCUUGAGACUCGCCCAAGACUCGUGAACAACCUUUAUUUCAUGUUAUUAUUAUUAUUCUCAUUAUUUAUCUGUCAUUCAUCUUUUUAUAUGAUCUCUGGCUCUGAGCUAGAUGUAAACACCAACGUCAUGCCACGCACAUGCGCCAUGUGUGAAGCGCGCAUCUUCAGUAUCAGACAUUGACAUUGGCGAGUGCGACAAGUUCAGCAGGAGUGCCUUAGAUCAUUACGUUUGGAUACAAUGCCUUCACACUCCCGCUUUUCCCUGGUUCUCCCAUAUUUCGAACCCAUCUCCCACCGCCCUCCCGUCAUUUCUCCCGUAAUUGACAAGCCCCAAAUUUGUUUGUUGAUAAUAAUAAAAAGCGCACAAUAGCAAAGGUUUUCUUUUUAAAGUUCAGACAGGAAACCACCGCGACUCCGUCAGUUAGUGCCACUAACUUAGUGGCUCCGCUACUAAUUAUUAAAAAACACGUUGCGUUAACUAUGGUCAUUUUAUAUAUAUAUAUAUAUAUAUUUUAUAAUAACCCCACACAUUUCCUGCUGUGUUGUGUUAAGCAGCAGAUAAAAGGUGUGUUUGUACCACAGUGUUAAACUGCAGUACAGUGUUUCUGUGAUGUUCAUGUUUUGUUGUAUUUUUCAACAUUGUUAAAAUAAUUAUUUUUUGUUGAAGAAAAUACAGUUAUGGAAUUGAAAUAAUUCUUAGUGUAUGUUUCUUCACAUCACAUUGCAGUAGAUUCUUUAUAGUGAACCUACAAUUGAUCAAUUUUCAUACUGUCCUAUAUCAAGGUCAAUGUAACUUUAUUAAUACCCGAAGGUAGAUUUGGUUACAGUUUCAGGAGAGGGCAUCUCAACAUACAAACAGAUACAUACAUAGUGACAGCAGACAGUUAAAACACCACAGAAACAGACAUGGGCAGGUGCUCGCAAGGCUGACUGAUCAGGAUGAAGGAUUUCACAGCUCUAAGGUCAGAAUUUGAAUUAGAUAUAGUGUUGGCGAGAGACUUGUCUUGGACUCUUGACCAGAGACUUGAGACUUGACUUGAGCUUGACCCUCAAAGACUUGAGACUUGACUUGGACUCUAGCUCAAAGACUUGAGACUUGACUUGGACUUGUAAAAAAUGACUUGUGAACACCUCUGCUGCCCACACACACAACCAAAAGACUGCCUGUCAUAAAAUGUAGGCUACAGCCAGCUGCAUAAGGAGUUCAGACCCAGAUCUCUGGGUUUAGGUACAAGCUUGGAUAUCAUUAGACCUAUUAGGGCAUGGGGAUGAUAGUGGAUGUCUUGAGACAUAUAAGUAUAAUGGACUGUACUGGGGGAGGUUAAAUGGAAUGGUUAAUGGACUGUACUUAUAUAGGGCUUUUCUAGUCUUUUUGACCACCCAAAGCACUUUUACACUACAUGUCAUAUUCAUCCAUUCACACACAUUCAUACACUGAUGACAGGGGCUACCACACAGGGUGCCAUUCUGCCCAUCAAGGGCAUCUAACAUUCACACACACAUUCAUACACAGUUGGCGCAAUCAUCAGGAGCAAGCCACCCAGGUUAUAGGCCAUAAACACUGAAGCUAUUUGGUCUGCAGCUUAAGGACACAACCAAAGAUGCUGUCUGAUCUUCUUGCUUUUGAACAGUUUAUUCUCUUGAAGAACUUCUUAAAUCAUGCUCUGAGAUAAAUGUUGCUCAGCCUUUCUGCCUCACCUACCACUGCACCUGCGUCAUCUCCCCUAAUCUGCUGGCACCAUCAAAGUGGGGAAAGAAGGCUCAUCAACCAGGGAUGUGUCAGCACUAUCCAUGAAAGAGGGAGGCCCCUUAUAGUGCCUUACAUUUGUAGCAAUUCUGGAUGUUUAAAUUUAUACGCUCUCGUUAUCAGGGCACUACCUCUUUGUUUAAGAGGAAAUAUCUUCUUUUCUUACUAAUUGGCUUAUUAGUAGAGUUUAAUAAAUCAAUAUGUUUUGAUAAAUCAGUCAAAUUUCUGAAUCUGUCAAAUUUCUGAAGUUAUGAAUUCUCCGGCAUCAUGGAACGUCCUGAUAUUCACUCCAAAUCAAUACACACACACAACCAAAUAUGAUUAUAUGGGGUUUAUUAACUAUCAAUGAUAAACAAUCAAUAAAGGCAAAAUGUAAAUAAUGAACAAAAAAAUAUGUCAUAUGUUCUACUGAAUGGAAAAGAUGAUGAUGAAUGGUGGAAUUAAACGGAGGUUUUGGGUUCUACUGUUAUGAUAUGAAAAGGGAUUAAAGGGAAUGAAUACUUUAGGUUUCAUUCAGUUAAGCUCUUGACCUAACACCAGCCCGAUUAAAUGAAAGAUGGUUUAGUCAGGCUUCUUUUCAGAAAACAAACCGUCAGCUGUCCGUGGUUCGUGGUUUUGGCGGAGUUCAGCGGGAUGCGAUUUCGUUGGACUCCGACGGGUCCCGAAUUCUGUCCGGGGUUGCUGCGGUACCGGUCAGCUGGCCCGGGCGGUUGCUUGUUUGGAUUAACUCUCUGCAGGUUGUCUCUCGGAUCCAGGCGGUGAGCACCUGAGAUGGUUCGGUGCUUUUGGUGGUGAUGAGCGCAACUGAUUUCACUUAGUUCGUUGCUCAAUAAAACUCAACCGAACAAAAGUCGGAGCUGGCCAAGCGUCAAACUCUCAAAGUCCGUCAAACAGAACGAAACUUAUCAAAAUCAAAAGUAUUAAAUGUUUUUGGUUGACUUUAGCAAAAAGGCAUCAAAAAGAAGAGAGUUGAGCUUCAGCUUGAAGGCACAAAAGCUUGCUGACUACAAAAAUCUAGUGCGUGACUAAGUUUUGAAUUACGCCGAGAAAAACUAAUUAAGAAGUUAUAGCUGAUCGAUAAAAAGGUAAAGCAAAAAUAGAGGAUUAGUAAGUUAAGAUAAGUAAAGUAAAACUGAAUGAAGAGAAGAAGACAGAGACUGGCGUCUCCAGCCAUUUGUGCGAAGGGGCUUGGCUUAAUUUUCAGGGUUGACCCCUAUUCUUUAACCAAGCAUUUGGCUCCUUCUUUAAAAUGUAUUACUUUUAAGUGGAGAAUAAGUAAUUGCUUGAUUGAUUACUCAAUUCUUUAGUCGAUUGACGCAAUCCAUUCAACAUCAUCGUUCACAUUUGAGUAUUUCAUACUGUAUAGCGUAUCAUUCAUUUUAAAGCAAACACAAACACAGAAUAUGUGACGACACACUGUACUUGAGUUACAUCAGUAUUACUCAUGGAUCAGAUGAAAACCAACAGGAGUAAAUAAUGAACCAAACUUCUUGAAAGAAUGUAAUCAAGGCUGUUAAGUCCUUUUCCAAUAAAUAAAGUAAUGACAGUAUGAAUGUUUAUCUCAUUUACUCAUCUAUUUCUUGUAGUAUACAUUUAUACAUCUUUACUUAAUUUAAUUCAUAUUUGGUGAGUUAAUGCAUCUUGAUCUUAACAGUAGGUGUUUUGACAUUGGUAAUAUUUAAAGGUCUGUUCCUUGAGACUUUAUUAUGGUAACAUCAAUGAUCAACCUGAGAAUUGUUUUAAACACACGCUUUUAAUUAAAGAGUCAGAAAAACACUUCAAUGUUUGAAAUGCCUCCUUAAUUCUAACACGUUGGUUUGUUUUCAAGGAUUUCGGCCUUUAAAGUUAUUCUUUGUGAAAAUGUAGAGUAUAUUUUAACUGGCUUACGUUGUUUAAGUGGUGCAUCAGGCUGCAGUUUUUCAAAAUACAGACAGGGCUCUCAGACUCCUGUCAAAGUAUUUAUUGCCAGUUAGUAACAUUUC